ACAGGCUGAGUGGAGCUCAGAGCCUCCAGCAGCUCAGAGCCGCUCACCUGCUGGUGCUCACCUGGUCUGCGCUCCGGAACCAUGGACAGCUCCUCCGGACACCUGGACGCCGCCUCCUUCCUGCAGAUCUGGAAGCUGUUCGAUGCUCAGGAUCGAGGAUAUAUUGAAGGAAAGCAGCUGGAUGACUUUGUUGGCCAAAUUAUGAAGAAAUUAGGGAAGAAUGAUAAACUGAUGGAGCAGAAACUGAAGAAGAUCAGGAGCUCCAGCACUGACAGACACCUGCACAUCCAGGAGCUGGCUACAGUGAUUCUUCCAGAGGAGGAGAAUUUCCUGCUGCUGUUCCGCAGAGAGACGCCGCUGGACAACAGUGUGGAGUUUAUGAGGAUCUGGAGACGUUAUGAUGCUGACAGCAGUGGAUUCAUAUCAGCUGUGGAACUGAAGAGUUUCCUCCAGGACCUGUUUCAGCAGCACAACAAGCACAUCACCCCAGAGAAACUGGAGCAGUACACCGACACCAUGAUGAAAAUGUUUGGAAAAAACAAAGAUGGCCAACUAGACUUAAAAGACCUGGCCAGAAUUCUGUCUUUGAAGGAGAACUUUCUGCUGAAGUUUGAGAUGGAUGCCUGCAGUCAGACAGACAGGAAGAGGGACUUUGAGAAGAUCUUUGCUCACUAUGACGUGAGUAAGACAGGAGAACUGGAAGGACCAGAGGUGGAUGGAUUUGUUAAAGACAUGAUGGAGCUGGUGAAGCCCAACCUGACUGGCGCAGACCUGGACAGGUUCAAAAAGGCCCUGCUCAGCCACUGCGACGUGAAUGGAGAUGGAAUCAUCCAGAAGAACGAGCUUGCUCUGUGUCUGGGUCUGAAGCUAACCCCGUAAAGCACAAAGCAGCUUACUGGACCAUCCCUGACCUGCACAUACAACACUAAAUACUCUCACAGGCUAACCGCUAGUGCUAACCUUCCAUUUAGCGUUUAGAGCAAUAAGGGGCUUAAAGACUGGCACUUUGGAGGAAGGACAUGAGGCAUGGGAGAUGCUUACUCAAGGCUUUUACUUGAUACUUAUUUAAAUCUUUUAAAGUAAUAUUUCUAUAUAUUCUGAUAGAUUAGAUCAUUUUAAACUGUAAAUAUGUGCUUUGUUAAGUAUUUGGUGUUAACUCACUUAGGGUGUACUAACACUAGGCAAUCUGUGCUGUGCCCAGGCAUGGUUUGAUUGACUAGUGUGAGCACCCCACCAGGAAAACCACCCCCUCUCAGGAGUGUGUACUAUGUCACUAUGUAUGUAACCGUGACUAAGAUAACCGUGAUUUUUAGCACAUACUUUGAUUAUCUCUGCUUUCAUCAAGAAGACAUGCUUCCGAGAGAGGGUGCUUUUCAUGGUGGGGGUGCUGAAUUCAGCACAAUGCCAGCACACCCACUGAGCAGUAAGUGAGGUAAAGGUGCUCAGGCACAGAUUGUUUAAAUGCAGUGUGAGUGCAGGCCAGCAGGACAGUGGGGAGGGGGCAGAAUUCCGAGCUUAGUGUGAGUACACCCUUAUACGUAGAGCUGGGCAAUAUAGUUUAAAUACUAUAUCAGGAUAUUUAAGGACAUUUUUACACUACGCAAUAUUUAUUGCAGUGACAAAAUGCAUUAGCAGUGGAAAAAAAUCGUAUUCAAAUUAGUAUUCAAAUACUUUGGUUAAUAUUCAGUUUUUGCUGCACCUCAUCCAAUUUAACAGUUAUUUUUACACUGUAAUGAAAUGUACAGUUGAGUCAGUGUUUUUUAAAGCAUGAUUUGCUUUAAAAAGCAUAAGAACAUGUAUCACACCACAAUAAAAUAUAAUCAUAUUGCCCAGCUCUACUUAAACUCUUACCUCAGUAUAUGCAUGCUGUUGUUUUUGUUGAUUUGUUUCUGGUGCUCUUGUUCUGAUAAACAGAUAAAUGAUGUAUCAUUAUGCUGAUUUAACACUCUGACAUUAUAAUAAUAAUAAUAUUUUGACAGUGA